AAGCCGGGUCACUGUCCCAUACCGGAGAUGAUUCCACUGUGUGCUGAAAGCUGUUUCCAUGAUGGCCAGUGUCCUGCCACACAGAAAUGUUGCCCAACCACCGGUGGCUUUGCAUGCAGUGAUCCAAGGGGCCAGGGCCAGGGAAGCGGCCAUUGUCGGGGCCAGGGCCAGGGCAGCGGCCAGGGCCAGGGCAGCGGCCAGGGCCAGGGCAGCGGCCAGGGCCAGGGCAGCGGCCAGGGUCAGGGCCAGGGAAGCGGUCAGGGAAGCGGACAGGGCCAGGGCAGGGGCCAGGGCAGCGGCCAGGGUCAGGGCAGCGGCCAGGGUCAGGGAAGCGGCCAUGGUCAGGGAAGCGGUCAAGGGAAUGGUCAGGGAUGUGGUCGAGGAACGAUGUGCCUGGGGUAG